CUGCUUGCUGAGCUCGGUUGGUUUGGGCCCGCAGCGGCUGCCCGGCUUAUACACAAGCUCGACGUAAUCAGCGAUUACUCUUGCCUCAUUAUCUCAAUCUUUCUGUAUCUUUCCCUUUCAUCACUUUACAGAAGAUGACCUGGUCAGUACUGUCCAUGGCACGACUUCACUUGACCAUCGCGGCAUAAACACACCAGCAGCGCAUUCGUUGCCGCAGGGGUGCGCUGGGUGCCUUCGUCUUUCUUCUAUCAUUAUCAGGUCUACUCACUUCGACGAUGCCUCGGUGGCAUCGCCAACACGACCAUGAACAGCCAGGCUGGAGGCGUUGGCCAUCAUGGACUUGGCUCCCGCCCUUGAAUUUCAUCAUAAUCCAUUAUGCCUACUUCAUCAUCAUUUGCCUGGCCAUGUCACUCGUCUUCUGGGGAUCGUCUAACCCCGCCCAAACCAUCAGCUACACGGACAGCCUCUUCUUGGUGGUCAGCGCCAUGACGGAAGCAGGUCUUAACACUGUUAACCUCAGCCGGAUGACGACAUGGCAGCAGGUCAUCCUGUUCCUGCUCAUUAUCUUCGGAAGCUCCGUGUGGGUAUCCAUCUGGACGGUCGUGGCGCGCAAGCACGUCUUCGAGAAGCGGUUCGAGGAUAUCGUCCGCGCAGAGCGCAGGCGGAGGGCGAGUCGGCCACUGAGUGCGACUAGCCUGCGGAGGCUACAGCGGUUGCUGUCAUUCCGGAGGCUCUCGACAAUUGCCCCACCACAAAUCCCCCGCGGAGCCGCCCCAGAAGGAGAGCGUUCAGAGCCGCCGAAGACACCUCCUGCCAGCCAGCAGUUUGCCUCGGACCGGCCGGACGCAAGCGACGCUUCUUCGCAUGAAAUUGACGCCACCUUGGCUGGUCUCGGAGCUUCCAUCGAGAGACCGGUGACCCCUCCCCGCAUCGUCUUCGUUGACAGCCCUCGGCCCAACCAAGGCGCGACUUUUACUGGCGCCGAGCACCAACCCGAGGAGCGAGAGACAACCAUUAGGCAUCGGAACGGAAGGGAGGACACCGUGAGCCAUGAAAAGGACGAGUUCGACGUCGGCCGACUCCUCGCACGUCGGGCAGGCGGGAGGAAUGCGCAGUUCCACGGCCUGACCACCGAGGAGCGUGAGCGUCUCGGCGGAUGCGAGUACCAGGCCCUCCGAGUGCUCUCCCUGAUCGUGCCCCUGUACUUUGUUCUCUGGCAACUCCUCGGCUGCCUUGCCCUCGGCGCUUGGAUCAGCAAUAACCAGCCCGAACCUCCGCUCAAAAACGGCAUCAACCCCUGGUGGCUAGGCGUCUUCAACGGCGUGUCUGCCUUCAACAACUCGGGCAUGUCCCUGCUCGACGCAAACAUGAUCCCCUUCCAGGAGUCGUAUUUUGUCCUCAUCACCAUGGGCCUCUUGAUCCUGGCGGGUAAUACCGCAUACCCUGUCUUCCUGAGGCUGAUUGUCUGGUCGCUGCUAAAGCUGCUGGCUUGGGCCACGAGCGAGGACGAGCUAUCGGGCCUCAAGGACACGUUCAUGUUUAUACUGCAGUAUCCCCGGCGCGUGUAUACCAACCUCUUCCCUGCCCGUCCCACCUGGUGGUUGGUCUUCAUGCUCAUCCUCCUGAACUCUAUCGACUGGGUAGCCUUUGAACUCCUCAACGUGGGUAACCCGGCCAUGGAGCAGAUCCCUCCCAACUCCCGCGUGCUGGACGGAUUGUUCCAGGCCUUGGCUGUGCGCUCCGGAGGAUUCUACGUCGUGCCGAUCCCUUCAGUAUACAUUGGGCUGCAGGUGCUCUACGUCGUGAUGAUGUAUAUCUCUGUCUACCCGGUCGUUAUCACCAUGCGCCAUUCCAACGUGUACGAAGAGCGCUCGCUCGGGAUAUACGACGAGGACGUAAAUAUGCCUGAUGAUGCCGACCCGGAACUGGCCACUUCUUUCAGCUCACCUCCUGCUCGCCGGCGUCGCGGCACUAGCAAUGGCAUCGUCGCCACACUCAGUCUCGCCAUCAGUAAAACCUUCACUUUCCACGGCGUCGGCGCCAAACCACCGGACCCACUACCACCACCCAACCACAACCACCACCGCGGUCCGGAACAACAUUUCCGCACAAUUAACUUCAUCAGCCAACAGGUCCACGGCCAACUAGCCCACGACAUCUGGUGGCUCGUCCUCGCCAUCCUCGUCAUCAUGACCAUCGAGACGGCCAACUUCCUCGCCGACCCCGUCAACUUCUCCGCCUUCAACGUCAUCUUCGAGGUGGUCUCGGCUUACGGCUGUGUGGGCAUCAGCGUCGGCGUGCCCCACGACGCCUUCAGCUUCAGCGGGUCGUGGCACGCCGCCUCCAAGGUGGUGCUCUGCGCCGUCAUGCUCAGGGGCCGUCAUCGCGGGUUGCCGGUUGCCCUGGAUCGGGCGGUGCGGUUACCCGGGGAGGCGCUGCAUCGGGACGAGGAGGAGGAUCAUCGUAUCAGGAGAAGUCUUACGAACCGGAGAGCUAGUGCUGAUGCUUAUUAGGGGGGUGCACGUCGGGUGCGGCGGCGGGUGGGGAAGGAAUUGGGGUCUUUCUCUCUUGAAGCGAAGCUUCAAUGACGAACUGACACUGUUUUA